AUGGCCGAAUCACCAUUGGGUGGCGGUCACCAGUAUCACUCGCACGAAGCGGGGUCUCCUAUCAACUGCCCUAGUGGGUGUAAGCUCCGACACAAGCCUGAGACGGACCUAAAUCAGGCGUCUUGCGACUGCGAAGAGGGCUACUACGACAGGGAGCAGCGAGUCUUCUAUACUGGCAGCGAUGUUCGCAACAAAAAGUCUCCCGAAACACGUCAACAAUAUCUGGAGCGCAUUGAGGGAACUGAUGCAGACCCCAAGAAGAACAAUCAGGGCGAUUACUUUGUACCAGGAGAUGGAAUAAGAUACGAGGUUCUAAGAAGUCUGAAGGAGGAAAUAUUUGGUGAAAGAGCUCAAAUAUGGAAGCACGAGCUAAAUGGCCAGCGAGGCUGGUUAAUUCGAGCCGACAGACGAAGGUAUUAUGACUGGCCGACCAUCAUUGGACGCCUCCAGCAGCAAAGUCAGAGUCAGGACACUCCAGAUCGAGUGAGGCGACCUCCAGAUCCACGGCCAGCCAUCUCAGGAGCUGGUCCGUCUGGGACCAGGCCGACCUCCGGUUACCCUGCCGCGCUGACGACUACAAGGCACGGAACGCCAUCAUAUUCGUCACAGAGCGCAACGGGUCCAUCGUACAUCCAAGUUGCCCAGACCUUCGACUUAGCUGGCAUCGGGUCAGCCUUUCCUGCGAGCCCUCAAGGGAACCCGUACGCUCCCAGUAUUACGCCUCAAUCCAGCGCUCCAAACACUGAGACUCGAUCAUAUGCCAUCUCCCGUCAGUCAGCGGCCCAACCUGGGCAAGACGUGCGCCGCUCGAUGAGUCCACAAAGUCCUGGCCAGGACGUCCAUGUACCGAAUUACAUACCCACGAGCCGAAGGCCAAGGGAGGCCCAACCGCUGACCACAGAGGGGAGCGACGGACGUCCCGAGAGGACUAGUCAGUAUACUCAAUCUUCGAACGAUCGCAGUGUGGUGCCUCGGGUCAUGACAGACUCAACAGAAGAAUCUACCUCGCGACGCGGGGGGUCUGAGAUAACAUCGUCAUUGCCCACACGGCAGAAAGGGACAACUGUGGAUGAAAAACAGAAGAGAAAGCACCGGAAGGGAUAA